UCAGUUGUCCGUCGCGUGGCUCGCCGUCGGGGCUGUCGCGUUCAGUGUGCGUGUGUUUUCGGGUGAAAUAGCCGUUGCCGGUACGGCUCGCACUGCGAAUUUGGUUGGUGAUUAAGUGGCAAUCCGUGUGGCUCCAGUCAGUGUUUGUGUGUUUAUAAGUAUGAAGCACGCGUGACGUCGGCCGUCAAAUGGGGCAGGGUGCCUCGUCGCAUCAGCCGCUGGAGAGGGGCCGUGGGACGGCCAACGCUGCCAAUGGCGUCCCCACAAGGAGCAAGUCCUUCCGCCGCAGCAAGCGGCAGGCGGGGUCGGCGCCGCGCGGCAUGGACCGGCUGCGGAGGUCGCUACGGGACUCUCUGCGCCGGCGCAAGGAGCACGUGCCCGAGAGCUCCAAGCCGCACCAAUGGCAGGCCGACGAGGCUGGCGUGCGCGCCGGCACCUGCAGCUUUCACGUCAAGUAUUUGGGAUGUGUGGAAGUAUUCGAAUCAAGAGGAAUGCAAGUCUGCGAAGAGGCACUGAAAUUAUUACGGAAUUCUAGACGGAGACCAGUGCGAGCCAUCUUGUAUGUUUCCGGUGACGGGCUUCGUGUCGUAGAAGAUGACACAAAGGGGCUCAUUGUGGAUCAGACAAUUGAGAAAGUUUCCUUUUGCGCCCCUGAUCGCAAUCAUGAGAAAGGAUUUAGUUACAUUUGCCGUGAUGGGACAACUCGUCGCUGGAUGUGUCAUGGCUUCUUGGCCCUUAAAGAAUCGGGAGAACGGCUCAGCCAUGCUGUUGGCUGUGCUUUUGCAGCUUGUUUGGAACGGAAACAGAAGAGAGAUAAAGAAUGUGGGGUAACCAUGACCUUCGAUCCUAAGAACUCCACUUUCACACGUUCUGGAAGCUUUCGGCAAGCGUCAUUAACAGAACGUCUCCAGGACCCUCAGGAACUGAAGCCCUCUGAACCACCUCCAGUGCGUCCAGCAUUUAACCCAUAUGCUAUUGAAAGACCCCAUGCUACCCCUUCGAUGCUGCAGCGGCAAGGAUCAUUCCGUGGUUUUGGGCAGUUGGCUCAGUCAUCACCUUUCAAGCGGCAAAUGUCAUUGCGUUAUGGUGACCUCCCGUCGACGCUUGAAAGGCAGCGUUCCCUCAGUUUGGAAGGGUGUGAUCUCCGCAGACCUCCCCCUGCUGCAGUGCUAACCAGUGGCUUGAGAGGUAAAAAUUCUGUGAGCCCUAUACCAGAAGUAUCCCCUCUGGCUGACAAGUCGGGUAUCAGCGUCGGAGAUUCUGUGAGCGCCAUGUGUCAACAAUUGUCGCAAGGCCUGUCACUGCUGUCUUCGAGUGAGGACUUCCUCCCCGCGCGCACUUCACAGCAAUCUACGACGACUACGACCAGCUCUACCACAGCAGCCCGCCCACUGCCAGCGCCUGCCCCUGUGGCAUCCACAGCAGCAGCAUUUGCCACAAAUGCUGUUGGAGCUGUCCAUUCUUCUAACAGCAUAUUCUCUGCUACCUUCAACAGUGUCGGUGUAAGCGGUGGGGUGACAAUGCAAGCCAACAGCAGCACGGCAAUGAGCACGGUGUCAUCUGUUGCACCGGCCGUCUUGCCAGCCGUAGCAGCCGUGGCGCUGCCGGCGGCAGCUGCACUCCCUCCCGCAACAGCAGCCACUCACACUGCACCAGUUUCUGUUUCUGCGGCAUCUCCGGUGCCGGUCCCAGCUGUGACUGCCUCGCCAGCUGCAGCACCUGCUGUUCCCCCUCGCACGGGCACUCCGUCACCGGCCAGGCAGCCGGUGGCACUGCCUGUGAAAGCUCCGGCCAGUGGUCUCCCACAACCAGAUCAGUGGCUCGGUGCCGUAGUGGAAGCAGUGGCCCCAUCGACACCUCCGCGGCGCGCUCCACCCCUCCAGCACCUGCGCGCCCACUCUCUGGGUUCGGCUGAUGUCUUCUCUUCUGGCACACGUCGAGAUCCAUUUGAUGCCGAAUGGGCAGCUCCACCAUCUGCGACACGGGAGCAUCGAGCCACAAAUCCGUUUGCUGUGCAGCUAUAAUUGUGGACAUAUUUUGCAGACUUCCCUGGUUGCUGCUUUGUGUGAUAACUAUUUUGGAUGUUGCUACAUAACCUUCCCCAGUCAAGUGACAGUCUGAGUUCAAAAUUCAGUAUAUAGUUACAGGCAUUGUACUAGAGGACAUUUUAUUAAUAUGACUCCUCCUCCACCAUUUUCUGACCCUCCCCCCUUUUUUCCCUGAAUGACAGAUAACAAGAAUACUAUUAUCUCCUUUGAAAAGCCUUAGAUUUUAUUUUAUUUAAUUCUUUCGUUAUACUGUGUCAGGCAAGUGAAGAAAAAAUGUGAAGAAUUUUUUGUGUACUUUGUUGCUUUUUGUUUAAAGUCAUCUUAUUUAAUGCCCCACAAUUUCAUGUUAUUGAUGUUAUAGUGUUCACUUUUGUGUUGUCAUGCCCAAGUACGCCUCACCCAUAAAUCUCAGUUGAUGGAAUGCAGUUCGUGAUAUAUCUGUUUGUAUUAGAGGUAAAAUAGUUUUUAUAGCUGACGCGGUGUACCAGUGUCGUAACAUAAAAGCACACUACUUUUUUUCCUGUCUGUAAAUCAGAAUAACUUGGUUGAAGGUUCUCAAGUAUGACUGUUAUCAGAAAUUCUGUAAGAUGACAAACAUUGUGAUGUAGUAUUUAUUCCUUAAAAAGGCUGUGUUUUUUGCUUUGCAGUAGAAUUCAGGGCCUGCUCUUAGUUUUAUGGGAGAUGUUCAUUUGUCCGUGUUGUAAUCAUGCUUAGUAUCCAGUUGACAGACUGAGGAAAGGUGUGGGGUUUCAUACGGAGUGACUUCACAACUAGUUUAUUUUCUUUUUUUUUUAAUUUUUCCAUAGUUUGUGCAUGGUAGUGUGUGAAGGUCAAUGGGAGGGACAAAGUGCUCUUCAGAAAAAUUUCAAUAUGGUGGUCUCACAGUCACCCGCUAUGAAAUAGUGACUGAAAUAUGUUUCUUCCAUUAAUGCCACUUAAUUCCAUGAUGUAUCAAGUGAAAAAGUUUGGGUAAUUAUUGACAUUAUGAAUUUGUCCCAUUUUUCAGUUGCUUGCUGUAUGUUAAUGAAAGAAUGUUAUCUGUGAGACUGGUAAUAAGGAUUUGAAAUAGGGAGGACACAGUACUGUUACUUGAAGUACUAUUCAUGUUUCUGAAAAGUUAUUGACAUGAUAUGUCAAAUUGUUGCCAGUUUUUGCCUCCUGACCACUGCUGGUGCUGCUAUUUUUUUCUGACUGAAUUGUAUGAAAGGUCUUAACUGGUGCUUAUGGUACUGAUUCUUCUGUUUAGAAGCCUGUUUUUCAUAUUGUAUUGGUUGUGAGCCAUGAAGCAACUCUGUUUUUUUAUAUUGAUUCAAAGUCUCUAAACAUGUACUUAAAUGUUGUGAAAGAAUAUCUGGGAACAUUUGUGUGUGUGUGUGUGUGUGUGUGUGUGAAAGAGAGUGCAAAUUUUGUUUAUCUCUAUAUGAAAGGAAUCAAGAACAGGUGAUAAAAAGUAUAUGGUGUACUGCCAAAUAGUACGUUUACACAUACUCAUGUAAAUUCUAGAAAUACCUAAUACGUAAUCUAGAUCUUCAGUUUUAACAACAAAUAUGUAAAUAAUCAAUGAUGUUACAGUAUUAAAUGAACACAUGAAAUAUGUGUAGUGAGAAACUUUCCUAUUUAUCAAACAAUACUUCUAUCUCACAUUUUCUCACAAUUGAUACCACAAAUACACACACAUUAGCUUAAACGGAUGUGGUUUGCACGAAACAAGCACAAAAUAGGUAACUGCUUUUGGAGUCAAAUUUCUAAUGUGCAUGCAGAGACAGUAGUGAUUUUCCUGCUGUCACAAGAUAUGCUUGAUUAAUUCAAUUCAUUUGGUCUGUUAUGUAGAAUGCGCUUCUCUGCCUCGAAAGCCGUCACUCCUACUAAGGAGUUACCAGAUCAUGCUUUCCAGGUUGAACCUAGUUUUAGUUUCCCCAUAAGUUUCUCCCAGUAUUUCCCAAUCUCUGAAGGCAAUCACACAACAAGACAAGCAAAUUUGAUAAGAAAAAAUAAUUGUGACAGUGGCAACAGACUGUUUAGUUCUUUUUCUUUUCUCUGUUUCUUUCAUAAAUCAAUGCAAGUGGAAGCUAAAAAUGUGACCUAGCUAUUUACUGAACCUUACAACUGUCAUUAGAUCUGUGACAUGUUCGAUAAAAUAUUGCGAAAUUGGAAACCACCUUUUUAAAAGACAGUUUUCAAAGGAUUUCACAGUCUCAGCUAACUGAAGCUACAUGUUGAUGCUUAGAAAUUACUCGUUGGUCUCUGUUAUGUAGUUUCUGAAUGGAGAGCCAGAAUAACUAGUGUAUGCAGUGGAGAGGUCGAAGAGGGGGCAAAUGCUGGCUAUAUUCCUUGAAAUAUUAAGCACAAAGAAAAUUUUAACUUAUUACAACUAGCUUGUAGACAAUUUGUUGUGUUAAAUAUGACUCAGAGUUUAGAAAUGUUUAAUUGUACCAUUCCCAGGAGGGUGUGAUGAGGCACCAACCUGAUUAAUUAUGUACUUAAAUUGUACUUACCUGUUAGAUAUUCAUCAGUAUUUGGUGCAGAAGAGAUAUUUUUUGAAUAUUCCUGUGGUCGGUGGGACCAGCACUGGCUAAGGUGCGGCCUCGCAAGCCGCCCCAGCCCUGCUUCUUGUCGUUCGUUAUAUUUGUGCUCGCUAACAUAGAAAAUAUAUCAUAUUGCGAGGUAAA